AACUCAGCAACCCUUUCCCCUUCGUUCCAUCAUUAGAAAACGCCGCCUUUCCCCCAGACGAUUUUAAUCUGCAUUUUCUUCGACGACGAACCAAGAUGUGGAAGUUAUCGAUGCUCGUGUCUGCACUGAUCGUUGUGGGGCUUUCCUGUCUUCGGGGAUGCUGGGGGUCUUCCCGGCGUCUCCGGUAUCAAUUGGAACUGAUGCGGAGUGAGCAGUUCCGAGAUCGAGAAAGGAUCGAAAUUCUGGAAAAAAAUUUGUCGCAUGUCCGUGGGGAAAGAAAUGUUCCAGAUGCUGUACCGGCAUGGCUUGGAGAUAUUCUAGAAGAAUUAAAUAGUGAGAUUGGAGAAGUAGUCACCGAACUGCGAAAAAGAGAAAAAGUGGAGGCGAUGUUGGAAGGACUUCAGGCUAGGCAUGAACAAGGAUUCGAACAAUUACGACGGUUAGAUGAAUUGGUAAAAGUUAUCCAAGAAGAACAAAAGAGUAUUUCUCGCCGGGCAAUGCUGUGUAAUGAAACUGCAUUAAAAACUGAAGAAGUGGUGGCAAAUUCAAUUGAUCCAUGGAAAGAAGAAGGCUCUGGAGACUUAGAGGAAGCUUUUUUGAUACCAACACAAACGUCGCCAAGUCUUAAGAAAACUGAAGAUAAUGUUAAAAUAUAUCUUGAUAAAGCUGUUCAAGAAUUUAAAAGUCAACAAAAUCUUGAGCUGCAACGACUGGAGCAACGUAUGGAUCAUAAUCUCCUUUCAAUCAAAGAGGCAAUAAAUAAGUCAAAAUCAGGACGAAAUGAGCUGAUUGAAGAAUGUCACAAAUUAAUAACAAAUAUGACAGAUGAAUUCCAUUCUUCAAUCACUCAAAUGAAAAACGUCUCGGAUAGUCUAUCAAAUGUUUGGAAGGAAGUUUCACAAGUGGAAUUCAACGCAGCGCAGUACCAAGCAGCUCUCGACGUGCUGGAACGUGACUGGGCAGCAGACAACAAGAAAAUCUUAGAUUUACAGACGGAUUUGGAGCAAACGAAAGUUUUGCUUCGUAAUCAAAGUCAGCAGUUUUUGUCUUUGGAACUGAUGGCUACCAACAUGUCCCUCCAGCAAUGCCACAAAGAUGGGACCACAACAAAGAAUCAGUUAAGACUCCAGAAUUUGGAGGUGCGAUUAGUACAAACUAACAUGAGGUUGGAUUCUUGGUCAAGGCAAGCUGAUAUUUAUCGCAGUACAGUGAAAACUACCAUGUAUAAUUUUCAGGAUGCUGUUUCCAAUACAUCUGGAAAGGUAGAUGCUAUGAAAGAGGAGUUACACGAAUUUCAAACAUACCUAAAAAGAUUCAUUCACAAACUUCCGAAAGAUUGUUCAACAGUUAAACGAAGUGGCCUUAUUUUGAUUCAAGCUCACUCAGCGCCUGUGGAAGUUUAUUGCAAUAUGAACGAAGGAGGUAGGUCCUGGCUCGUAAUUCAGAGAAGAAUGGAUGGAAGUUUAAACUUCUUCAAAAACUGGACAGAAUACAAACGGGGCUUUGGUCAUCCAGCAGAAGAAUUCUGGAUCGGUAAUGAAGUUCUCCAUCAUCUAACAUCUCCUUCAGAUGUGGUACUCCAUAUUGACAUGUGGGAUCUUUUUGGAAGAUAUUGGUAUGCAGAAUAUGACAGAUUUCACGUGAAAUCUGAAUCAGAUUUGUAUUCAUUGGAACUAGGAGAGUAUUCUGGGAACGCGACUGAUUCCUUUAGCCACCACUCUGGAAUGGGGUUCAGUACCCAUGACAGGGAUAAUGAUGCAUCAAGUGCCCAUUGCGCGGUACAUCAUACAGGGGGAUGGUGGUACCAGCAUUGUCACAGAGCUGAUUUGAAUGGGCGGUAUCCUUUGGGAAUGACGUGGUAUGAUGAACGUAGUCACGACUGGCUGCAAUUGCAACGGGUUGAAAUGAAAAUUGCUCCAUUUUCAGUUAUAAAGAAAUUAACUCGUGAAUGAUUUUCACAUAAUCACGAAGCUUAGUGAAAAAUAAAUUUGCUGCCAGCAAAUCUUCACUUCAGAUAUUGUGAAUUUGAUUACGUUUAUAUUUUUUAAAGGUAUUUCUAACUUACACGUCUUAUUCCUUCUAAACUAUGAAUUUUUCAAAAAAAAAGUUUUGUUCACUGUUUAAAAAAUUAUUUUGGGCAUUAUAGUGACUAAUAAGUGUAGACUUUAAGCUCAGAUAUUUUUGUAUUAUGAUUAAUUUAUUAGUAAUAGACUAAAUCAGUUGUUAUAUUAGCGUGUAGCUAAUUUUGGCACGUUGGAACAAAUUCGAUAAAACAUUUCGAAAACUCUGCUACUCUUCAAAAAAACAAUGAGUUUUUGUUUCAAAAACUAGUUGUAUUAUAAAUUAUAUUAUAAAGGAAUGUAAAUAGAAGGUUUUAUAUAGAUAAUUUUUAAAAUGCAGAACUUAGUGAUCCCAGACCAAAUACAUUUUUUUGUGUUAUUUAGAAAGUAGCAAAAUGCAAAUCCCAUUUCUGAGCUGAAUUACAUUUCAUUGUGCGGCAUAUUAACGUAGCACUGUUAAUAUUUUUUUUAUGUUAUUUUGAUGUCUUCAUGGAUACUGAAACAAAAAAUCUAUGUACUAUUUUCUAAGAUUUAAACCACAAUCAUAAACUCAAAUGAUAACCUUGGUUUUGAAUAGGUAUUCAAAGAGAAAAAAGGUUGUUGUUUUAUAGCUAAUAACUGGAUGAUCAUCUGUACAGUGAAUAAAAUAAAACAUAGGAACAGAAAAUAUUAAUUAGUAAUAGACAAGUAAAGUAAUACAUUUAUGGUGUUGUUUUUGUGAUAAUCUUAUUGAUGUUUUUUCAAAUGAAAUGUAUACCUGAGAGUUACAUUCAUAGAUUGGCUGUUUGUUGUUGUAAGUUAUUGAUGUGCUGGAAAAAUCGUCCUUUGUAAAUGUCACACCUAUUUCUUAGUUUUGUGUCAUAAUCAAUUUAAUCUAACUCUAGACAAUGUACAGUCCGCAAAAAAAAAAAA